AUGACUUACGCUACAAGAGAAGUGGGUGCCCCUUACACCCUUGAUUACAAGGUUUACGUCGAAAAGGAUGGAAAGCCUGUCUCAUCGUUCCACGACAUUCCAUUGUACGCGGAUGAAUCAAAGAAGAUCUUGAACAUGGUUGUAGAGAUCCCAAGAUGGACCAAUGCAAAGAUGGAGAUCAACAAGGAUUGCCCUCUAAAUCCAAUUAAGCAGGAUACGAAGAAGGGAAAGUUGAGAUUUGUCAGAAAUUGCUUCCCUCAUCACGGUUACAUCCAUAACUACGGUGCUUUCCCACAAACUUGGGAAGACCCUAACGUCAUCAAUCCGGAGACUCAUGCUGCUGGUGACAAUGAUCCAUUGGAUGUCUGCGAGAUUGGUGAGACAAUUGGUUACGUUGGUCAGGUCAAACAGGUCAAGGUACUCGGUGUUAUGGCAUUGUUGGAUGACGGUGAGACUGACUGGAAGGUCAUUGUCAUUGACGUUCAUGAUCCAUUGGCACCUAAGUUGAAUGAUGUUGAGGACGUUGAAAGACAUCUCCCAGGUUUGUUGAGAGCCACUAAUGAAUGGUUCCGUAUCUACAAGAUCCCAGAUGGAAAGCCAGAGAACCAAUUUGCUUUCUCCGGUGAGUGCAAGAACAAGAAGUAUGCCGAGGCCGUCAUUGAGGAGUGCAGUCAGGCCUGGAAAGCCUUGAUUUCCGGUAAAUCUAAGGAUGACAAGGGAAUUUCUUUGGCUAAUACUACCUUGUCUAACUCCAUCACUUACACUACUGAUGCCAAUAUUCCUAAGGCCAGUCCAUUGGCUCCUGCUCCAAUUGACAAGUCUAUUGACAAGUGGUUUUUCAUCAGUGGCUCUGCUUAG